CUCUUUUUUUUCUCUAGUCAUGUGAAAUGGGAUAUCAUUACGAAAGUCAUACAACAACAACAGGGUAUGAAGAUGGUAGUACGAUUACAAAUUCAACAGUACGAGUACGAGAACUAGAUGAAGGUGAAGUAGGAAUUCUGAUGGCAGGCAAUAACAGUAUAUUUGAUCCAUCCUUGACACCUAGAAUGUUAGCAGUACCAACGACUAAUUAUGAUGUAGAAAGUGAUACACUUAGUAUUUCCGAUGAAUCUGAUGAUGAUGAUGAAGAAGAAGAAGAUUGGUUUCCAUCUUUAUUACAUAAAUCAUGGAUUCAUGGUUUGGAUGAUGAUGAUGAUGAUGAUGAUGAUGAUGAUGAUGAUGAUGAUGAAAUGAUGAUUGAUAAGAUGAUGGACACUUUGUUUGCAUCAGCAAUCAUGGAACGUGAUGAUGAUAAUAAAAACAAAUAUCAACAGGACAGUCAUCCCAAGAAAUCAAGACGAAUGUCAAGAAGGGGGUUUGGUAGAAAUCAAAUGGAGGAACAACGACACAAUGAUAAUGAAGUUGAUGAUUAUGAAGAAGAAGAGGCUACCUUAGUUCCACAUGUGAAUGAUGAUGAUGCUAUUUUUCGAAAAAUGGGGGGAAGAAGAUUAUCUAAACAAUCACCUAUGAUGAUGUCUUCAGAUGAACAACAACAACAACAACAACAAAUAAAUAAAACAACCAAAACAUCACAUCAAGAAAAAACAACAAUGACACGAUCAGCAUCCUUUCAUUCUAUUCAAUCUACGACUUCAGUUUCUUGGCAUGAUGAAAAACAAGAAUUCUCUUUCAAACAUGAUUAUGUAUCUUUCCCAAGUCUAGAUAUGGACGAUUGUAUAUGAUUUCACUCCUCUCUUUAUAUAUAUAUUUAUUUAUUUAUACCAAUCUUUCCUUCCCUAUUCGUUUAUAACCCCUAUCCUUUCUUUCUUUAUAUAUACACAUCAUAGUUUCUUCUUUUAUAUAUGUAUUUUAUUCAUCUACUUUGACAACCAUUCCAUUCUUUUUUUUUUUUCUCUCUAUUCUACCAUCUUAAUAUGCCCCUCUUUAUUUAUUUUAUUUUAUUUUCCAUGCUUUUUAAUUAUUUUAAAUAAUAAAAAAAAAUAAAAAAAAAAAUAA